AUGAGGAACUUGAACGUUUUCUGAACUGUUUUGAAAAGUUCAUUUACUCUAGAUCUUUUAUAUUCCUACCGGAAGUAAACUUUUUUUUUAUAAGAUAAGGUCUUAUUAUAUGUGUUUUAAGAGCUCUCGAUUUACUCUUAUUUACUCACCCAUUGGAUUGGGGACCAUUUUAUUUGGAGAUUCUCGGGCCCCCUGGACCCACCCCUUUGAGCCUGUGAUAGUGUAUGUGACCUUUGUUUCCUCCUAACUUGCUCCAAUGCAAAUUUCUGUUGUCGAAUAUGCAAAUAAAAAAGUUCAUUUCUAGAUUGUGAUCAUGGAGUGUGUUCUCUCUUGUCUCGGGUUUUAACGAGUUACUUGGCCACGCCCAUCGCGCCUUAGGUGCUUUUGUCAAAGACUGUUUUGUGACAUCUCUCUCUCUCUCUCUCUCUCUCACACACACACACUCUCCCCAUUCCGUGUCGCGAUAUGUGAAUGUAACGCCUAAAUUGAACUGAAAGAACGCACAGAGAUAUAGAUCAGUUUUCGUUUCUUGGAAAAGGUCACAGAACGGUUGCAUUAAUUGAAAGCUCGUCCAAUCGAUGAAACAUGUACAAAGUUUUGAGGGAUCUUGACAGAGAGUAAUCCUCUUAACAUUCGAAAUGGGGUCGCUGGGGUGGGGAGGGUCGUGACAGAACACGUUUUUUUCUUAAUGGAAUUCGUACCGCAAGGCUGUAAGAUCCUUUGUUGGUAAGCAAAAGUACUUUGUGAUGUGCACAUCUUUAAAGUUGCUUACAUUUUGGGAUGUGAACAUCUUUAACGCUUUUAUUUCUAGUAAGUCUACAUUUUAUUGCAGAAAGAAUAAAUACAACAGAAACGCAUGCUCUCUAUCAGCGUCUGCUCGGGGCCAAGGUCAAGGUCAAGCAUGAAAGCGGACUCAGACGGGCACGAGUCUGCUGUUCAGUUCAUGGGCUUCCUCCGGAAGGACGAGGACACGCUGACGGAGGUCACCAGGUCCUUGGCGAAAAAGGACAAGGCGUUCAUCCAGGAGAUGUUCACCACGCGGGUGGACGAGUGGACGCCCCUGCACGCCUGCACCCUCCGGGGAGCGAGGAAGCUUGUCAAGAUCGCCCUCAAGGCCGGUGUUAACCCCAACAUAGAGAUGGGCGUCCCUGACGGGCUCCCUGGACGAUGUUCGCCCUUGCACCUUGCGGCUUACAGGGGCGACGUCAGCAUAAUCCAGCUGCUGAUUCAGUUCGGCGCUCAUCUCGAGAAGAGGGACAGCAAGAACUACACGCCCCUGCACUACGCCGUUUUAAAGAGGAACACUUUAGCUGCCAGGAAGCUCUUGAAGUUCGGCGCUGAUGCCUCUGUCUUGACGCUGGAGGAGCGAAUGUUCUACAGGGAUGACAUUGACUCCAAGAGUUCCGGCGUGCUCUGCGUCCCCGUAAAAGCCACUUCCAAAACGAACUCCAAAUUCUCCGACGUGCCGUCUUCAAACUCAAAGCGUUCGGGCACCACCGCUUCGUCUUCGAGAUAUCCGGAAGUCGGCUCUUCGCACUCAAAAUACUCAAGCGUCAGCGCCACGAACUCUAAGUACCCAGGAGUAAGCUCUUCGAAGUAUGCAGGAGUUGGCGCUGCGUCCUCCAAAGACAGAUCCAGGUCCAAGGUGUCUUAACGGAAUGUGUUGCUAUAGCAACCUGAUAGUGUUAUGUUAAUGUACUUGUGAAACGCCUGCAGAACUCAACAAGUAUUCCAGGUGUUCUGCACACUCCGCCUCUGUUCCGCCCAGUGAUGACAAUUUUUCUGUUUUGUAAAUAUAUAUAGGCAUGUGCGCGUUAUCAUCAUAUUAAUUCUGAAAAGUUUUAUUUUCUGUUACUAUGGUAACGUUGUUAAAUGGAAGACAAAUGGCAUCAAAUAGCCAUAAGACAGUACAGCCUUGACCUUGUUUUCUAUAUCAACUAUGAUUUGAUUUAUCAAUGUUACACCCCCAAAUGACCCCACCCCAUCCUGCCUUUUUUUUUCCUCUUUUUUUUUAAACAUUCCAAAAAACAUUAUUAGCCUUAUUUUUUAAUAUUUUUUUAUUUAUAAAUAUUCUAUAUACCAUUUUUGUAUAUAUAUAUACACCGAUGAAUAUUUACGAUUUCUUCAAGUUAUUUAUAACAUCAGGUGAUUCGAUCAGCUGAUCCAUUCACUUAUUGGAAAAUAAUUAAUCUUGCUUUGGAUAGUCAACAAACUUUUAUCUUAUCUUAUCUUAUAUAAUACAGACUUUUAGGAUGAUGACAUGGCUGAGAAACUACUAAUUAGAAAUGCUACAGCGCUCUAGUUAAUUGACAGUGAAAUAGGCUCUCACCAAACGUCAGGGUGUUCCACGGGUUCUUGCCCUAGCUAUAACACACCGAAAUAACUGGGUCAGAUAGCUAAACACAAACUUUAGUGUUCCUUCAUUUCAUAAUACGCUGUCCUGGUGCGAACGUACACACAUCCGGUUAUUCGAUCAUACAUUCAAACUGACACAUACAAGUGAAAAUUGAUUGUACACUCAUAUGAGCAGUCAUCCGCGACAACACGAUUUCUUUGGAAAAAAAAAAAGUUCUUUAAAGCAUGAAAUAAUUAUUCUCUUCAUAAUUUUAACAUUUUCAUCUUCAUCAAAUGCUUGUUAUGGAAGGUCGCGUUCUUUUUUCUGUAUUCGUACAAUGUCUAUAGGAUAAGCACAUAUUGGUGUUGCAAAAUAUAUAGGUCAAAGCUGGGUCUUUGUGGCCUAGUAAUAGACUGCAUUCUUCUUGAUAGACUUGGUUGCGUGGUCAUGUGUUGUGCGCCACGAUUGUCCUGAGUUCAAACCCCAUAGCAUUCUUCCCUCAUUUUUCCUGAGGGGGGAUUUGAAAUGUAAGGGAGGAACGGUCGAAACUUAUAAACCAGACUUUCGACUUACUAGGGGAAAUGUUGUUUUUGUUUAAAUAUAGAGAGUUAAAUGAAAGAGAUACGUAUUCUGGUUUGUCUACUUUCACUUUCGAUGUCCUACACGACUCUAACUUCAAUGUCCUACACGACCCUACCUUCAAUGUCCUACACGGCUCUACUUUCAAUAUCCUACACGACUCUACUUUCAAUGUCCUACACGACUCUACCUUCAAUGUCCUACACGACUCUACUUUCAAUGUCCUACACGACUCUACUUUCAAUGUCCUACACGACUCUACCUUCAAUGUCCUACGCGACUCUACCUUCAAUGUCCUACGCGACUCUACCUUCAAUGUCCUACACGACCCUACCUUCAAUGUCCUACACGACUCUACCUUCAAUGUCCUACACGACCCUACCUUCAAUGUCCUACACGACUCUACCUUCAAUGUCCUACCGUUAGUAUCUUCCAGUCGUUUUCUUUUUCGCCAUCUUCUAUUUCCUGACAUUUAAAAACUUCGUCUCCAACCUGAUAAGCACAAUGUGAUAGUCAUCCCCGGACACCAUACGUAAAAUACCCAUUGUGAAGAACAUGGUAUUGUCCUGUUUGCUGUAUUUUUUUUUUUACAAUCAUUUAUUGUAUGUAUGUAUGUAAGUGUAUAGUAGUACAUACAACGCAUAUUAAAGCCAUUGUUUUGAUUGUUUAUGCCGCAAUAUAUUGUAAAUUACAUUUUGUAUUCGAUUAUUGUAAUUCAUGUAGAUUCGCUCCUUUUCUUUUAAACUAUAUUCGAUUACUCUCAUAUCAUUAAUAUUACUGCUGCUUUCAUUCUCUAAUUUUAUUCUUUAAAUGUUAGUUAUAAAUUUGGUUGAUAUAUUUUUAAUUUUUUAGUUCAAAUAAAUGUUUGAGUUUCAGUGGGAGGCGUAUAUACGCGAUGAACUAGAAAGGAUUAAAUUAUUGUGGCUACUACAUCUAUCACACAAGGUGUCGCGGAAUAUUCUGUCACGAUAUACACAAUAGUUACAUAAAUUAUAGAUUUUAUAUAGCGCUACUUUCAUGCUUAUAGCAUGUUCAGAGCGCUUUGGUCCAAUCUCAUUUGUGGACCAGUGGGGGGGAUGGGGUAUCUGGGAGAAGGUUUUCCGUGCUGCCUUUAGACGCUCAGUAAACACAACUCUGCUCGAGUCGGGUGUCGAACCUCGAGCCCGCUUCAAGUUCAAGCGUACUUAGCCUCUCGACCAGGCUUCCCACAUAUACAAUAAUGUUUGCAGACACUAAGGUUAGAUUUCUGCAAUAAUUAAUAGACCGACAGACCCAUUUUUUUUUCUCUCUCUGUGUUGACAUUGAAUGAUCAACACUUUUAACUGGAUAAAGAGAUUAAAGAGAAGACUUAAUGAACUAAGAAUGUGAUUAUUUGAUCAUUCUGUUUCUCCAUUCCUUGUUCUAUGUCUUAGCCAGGGCUAGAUAAUAGCAUUAAUCGCAAUUGACUUGUAAGAUAAGGAGUCUAUAUAUCCAAUAAACUUGAUAUAGCAAAAGAAAAAGGCUGCCCAUUGAUACAAGUGGAGACUAGUGUUGCUUUUGUUCUAUAAGCUCUCAUCGGAGUGCAAUUUGAAUUAAUUAUUUUAGAAUUCGACAUCAAUUAACUUUUUUUAUAUUUUUUUUAAAAUACAACGCUACUGUGUUUAAUAUAGUCCUCCCUAAUAUUAGACGCUUGUAUAAUCUAAUUCUAAUAAAUCUAGCUGUCACCAACCUAUGUACAUAGCAUCGUGUUAACAUUUCAUAUCAGGGUCACCUGUUACUGUGAUGAACCUAAACAGUUCAAAGGUCAACAUCGGGUCAACUAUGCAUUUUUGUUUUGUUUACCUUGCCUUUUGUUGCAAAUGAUUAAUUAAACACAAUUUCGUAGAUGAAUAGAGGAUAGCAGUUGGAUGUUAUUUGUUGAAUUAUGCUGCAUAAUAAUGUGAAUACUUGCCUAAUUUAUACUGUGAGUUGUUUUUUUUUUUUUAAUAAAUUAUUGUAUUACUGAUAUGCUCAUGUGGGAGGUGAGGCAUUAUGGGAAUGAGUGGAGGCUAGAGGUCAGGCAGGAUAACUCUUGUUUACAUUUGUAUUUUCUUGUUGUUGAAAUAGCCUUUUAAGGUUCAAAAGUUAUUGUGACCUUUGUAAACUAAAAUAUCGUAUUGUAAAAAAAGUUCAGGGCCUGGCAGGGCAGGUAUCAGUGUUACAGGUUGUGAUGAAUGCAGUAUUAUCUCAAAUUUAAUACGGAAAUAUAGCUACCAGCUAGUCCAGUUAGGAUUAAAACCAUUAGCAUUUUAAUAUUAAAUUCUCCCAGAAAAUUUUGACCAGCAUUCAUGCUGUUAUGUAUGCACUCUGGCCUGGAGUCUAGAAAGUCCCGAGAUCGAACUCUUCAUGGAGAUCUGUGCUAAACGUAAUAAUCUUCAUUUCAGAAAGAAGAGAAAAAAAAAUUUCCCACAAAUAGGAAAUAGACACGUUUAAAAAAAAAAUGGAUUGUCAGAAAAUAAUAUGAACUCUCCCUCUUUCCCCGUUCCAGGCCAGAUUGGGCAGCACUGUAACCAAAUCAACACUUCACUUGGAAUUUUUUUUUAAUUUUUAAUUCACUCAUUUUCUGUACGGGCAACUCUAACACCAGGAAGUAGUCUUAUUUAGUAACAACCGCUCGACUGUGGAAAUAUUGUAAUGCCAUUUUUUCUUAUUUUAGAGAAACAUAUUUAUGUAUUCAUGUAACCUUAGAAUUAAAGAUUUUAUGUGGCGUAGCGGUCCAGUAAUGCUACUUAGACUUAAAGUGUUGUAAAUUUUAUGAAAAAAAAAUAUCCUAAAAUUAGUUUAAUAUCAAAUUUGACGUCUACUUCCUAAAAAAAUGAAAGCUGUGAUAUGUUUUUGACAUUUGAUUUCAAAUUUCUAAAAAAUUAACAUUUGUUAGGAUUAGGGUAUCACUACCUCUUUAUCAACACGUGAUGCGCUUGACAUCUAUGGCUAUUUGGCUGACCGAUUUAGGUCAAGGAAAGACACCUAGUUGUAUCCUGCUCAAUAGCCUCCAAUCAUUCAUUACACCAAUUGAGCAAAUAGUCUCAGAUUAGAUUUUUUCCCCCCGAAUGCUGUAAAUAUAGUUCUGGCAUUUCUUUCAGACAUAUUCCAAAAUCGAAGGUUAGUUUCGUAUAUGAUUUCUACUUGCUAAAUAAAACCCGCUGUAAUAAUUUUUUUUCUUGCUUUCUUUUAUCCUCGCUACGUCACAUAGUAUCCACAGUAUGUUUGUACGUAUCAUAGAUGUAUAUCUGAUGACAAUAAAGCCAAUAAUUUAUUUUGUUUACUAUA